GCUUGCAAUUCACUCGUCAUAUAGUCCCCAGAGGCCCAUGAACCACCCCCGAGGAACCUCUAUCUAACUGCUGCCAUCUUGAUUAGAGAGUGUUUCAUUCUGUAGAAGAUCUUUACCCUCAUGUGAGGACAUUUCUGUCAAAUGGCCAGUGACCUCCUGACAACGCAGCAGCUUACUCCAAGGGACGCGGAUAUUGAAACAUACCACAAGGACUAUUUUACCCAGGUCCAGCAGCGCAUUUCUGAUGCCAAGAUCAGUCAGCUCGCCAUGGCAGCUCCUUUGGAGUCUUCCAGCUCGAGCUCACAGCCUCGUAUGGAACCUACGGAAGUGAAAAAGAGCGUCGAGUUCAAAUCUCCCAACCAAGUCGCUGGGCUAGUCAAUGGCCUUAUCUCUGUGGGAGCUCUACACCCGGCCAUUGCGGUUCUGACGAGGAUUCCUUGGUUUGUUGACGCUCACUCCGACUUGGCAGACCUGAUGUUGAGGGUUCUGAAGUAUUCCAUUGCUCCUCUGUAUGACGCAACAUUCGUCCUCAAGGAACGCAAUCCCAGUUUUACGCAACCUCGUGCACGUUUCAGCGCUACUGGAACAUCGGCAGUUCCAAUUCGUCAAUAUCAGCUAUCGUUAAUAGCCCCCACUCUUCCUGGUACUGCGUCAGUCAUUUUCGUUUUUUUCUUUCCCGAUUGGACCCAGCGUAUCCCACUUUGCCCUUCCUUUGAGGACAUGGUAGACGUGAUCGAGCCUUUGAUGAGUUUCAUUGGGCUGCACGUUUCGCGUGAUGCCUUGUUCGUCACGAAGAUCACGAGGCUGGGACGCUCACAAUUGUUAUCCACUAUUCCAUUGGAUCCAGUUUCCAGAAAACCGUUAGGUGAACCUGACGCGAGUCAUCCCGUCCGGCAAUUCUGGUUCAAGCUCCUUCGACUAUACUUCCUUCCUGCACUCCCUCUCAUUCGAGGCAACGCAGUUUGGACGACUACAAGAUGGAGAUCAUACGGAGAAUGGAAUCCAGCUACAUCUCCCAUCCUGAGCUUCGCAUUUGACAAGUGCAAGCCGGCUGUGAAAGCACCUCCCAAACGGGAUACCCCCGCUAAAACGGCUACCGCUGUUCUUUCGACGACUACCGAGGUCGAAGCCCCACGCCCUCGCUCCCCCACUCCAAACAAUACCCAACCCAGCAGCCCACUGAAUCAAAGGGCUUCACCAAUCUCUUUCGAGAGCGAGGCGAGCGGAAUUAACGGAGAAGACGCGCCGAAGAUUGUGGAGAGCACAGAGUCCGUCAAGUGGUACCAUCCCAGGAGGAGCAACGUUGAUGUCCGUUCUCUCAUUAUCCACCAGAUAUGGCAGCAUUUUAGUUUUGCUAUCUUUUCGCCCAAGGACUUGUGGUGGCUGAUGAUGAACGUUGAUGAACUUUGA